GCGCGGCCGGAGCUGUCCCUCUUCGUCUUGCCGGGCCGGUUUCGGGGGGCCGCAUUGAGUUCCGAAAGGUGCAAGCUUGCUGGCAUGCCAUUAGGAUCCUGACCCGAGGAAAGGAUUCUUCCCUCCCUGCACCCUGGAAUCCUCUCUCUUCCUGCCGCUGGAGAUGCGAUGCCAAAGGAAAGCUGGGGUGCUAUGGAAUGGGGCCCGCCGCCUUCCGACUCCUUCCGACAGGUGACGAUCCUGCGCCACCCAGACGGAGGCUUUGGCUUUGUGGCCGGCGGCGAGAGGCCGGUGGUGGUGCGUUCGGUGGUGGCAGGCGGACCCUCGGAGGACAAACUCUUUCCCGGGGAUCAGAUCUGGGCCAUUGGCGACGAAGACGUGAGCGAUGUCGCCCGCGAGAGAUUCAUCGAAAUUGUGAGAAGCACCAAGGAGUCUGCCGUCUUCACCGUGCUGCAAACCCAUCAGUCGCCCAAGUCAGCCUUCAUCAGUGCCGCGAAGAAGGCCAGGCUGAGGUCCAACCCCGCCAAGGUGCGCUUCUCGGAGCCGGAGCCGGAGAUGCUGAAGAAGGAAGCCUUGCUCCUCAUCCCCAACGUCCUGAAGGUUUUCCUCGAAAACGAGGUCAAGUCCUUCACUUUUGAUAGCCGCACCACCGUCAAGGACGUGAUGUCAACCCUCCAGGAUCGCCUUUCCCUGCGGCGGAUCGAGCAUUUUUCCCUCGUCUUGGAAUACCGCAGCCCCGAGCGGAGCCACCAGUUUCUCCUCCUCCAGGAGAAGCAGCCUUUGGCCCAUGUCGUUCAACGGACCCACUACCAAGGCAUGAGGUGCCUUUUCCGGGUCAGCUUCUACCCCAAAGACCCUGCCGAGCUGUUGCGGCAAGACGCCGCUGCCUUUGAAUACCUCUACAUCCAGAGCCGCAACGACGUCAUCCGGGAGCGGUUUGGCGCCGAUCCCGAUCCACAGUCACUCCUGGUCCUGACGGCGCUCCACAUCUACAUCACCGUCUCGGCCACCUGUCCCGGCCACAAGGUGGCACUCAGAAACGUCGAGAAGGAGUGGGGUCUGGAGCCCUUCUUGCCUCCCUCUCUGUUGCUGGCCACCAAGGACAAGCACCUGCGCCGGUCGCUCUCGCAGCAGUUGAAGGCUCACCAGCGGCGCAGCUCCCAGGGUCAGGCUGGAUGACCCCAAGGGGCCCCGAUUCUCUCCUCGCAGGUCUCCCCCACCCGGGCCAAGCUCCAGUACCUGCGUCUCCUCGACCGGCUGCCCACCUUCUCUGGUGUCAUCUUCCAGACCGUCGGGAUGGAUGGCCAAGACGCGGCCCCCACCCUCCUGGUCGGCCCCCGCCACGGCGUGAGCCACGUCAUCGACCUCCGCACCAACCUGACCACUGUCUUAUGCGAAUUCAGCCAGAUCAGCAGGGUCCAACUCUUCCGGGAGAACCCAGGCGUGGCAAGGGUGGAGACCGCCAUUGUGGACGCCAAGCCGCUGGUGCUUCUGAUGGAGUGGCCAGAAGCUACCAAUUUCGCUGGCCUCAUUUCCGGCUACUGCCACCUGCUGGCCGACUCCAGGAGGACACUUUUCCCCGUCGCACUGCCUCCCACGACCAAGGCAGGUACGUUCCCAAGGAAGGGAAAUUCCAAGCAGACGAAAUGCCGGGUUUUUCUGGAGGGGAUGAAAUCCCGAAUUGAAGGAAGCCAGCCUGGGCCCCAGGACGGCUUCCUUCCAUCCCGGGUCCAGGGGCGCCGCCGGCAACCGCCGCGCUACGCCGCUGGAGCUGCCCCGCCGCUGCCGCCGCCCCGACCUCAACCAGAACCGGAUCUUCUGCGACGGGGAAACCCGGCCCAGGACCAAGUCGGACCCGGUGCUGAAACUCCGGGUGCCGAGGGUGAGGGCUGCUGCGGCGCCAGGCGUGCCCGAGCCCGCUCGGUGGACGGCCCUGGACGGAGCCUCGGUCGCGCCGGCCUGGACUUGAUGGCGCUGCCGCCGCCGGGCAGCGAAGGCGACGAGGAUGACCCCGGCACCGCCCUGGCUAUUGCAGCGCCGCCGCCCGGCUUUGGGGACAACAGCUCCGACGAGGACGACCCCCGGCACCGGCGGAGGGCGCCAAACAAGGAAACUGGGGGCCAGCUGCCAGUGACCUUUGUUGAGGCGGUGCCGCCAGGGUCCCAGGCGGUCCAGGAACGAGCCCGGGAUCUCGAUGAGGCGCUGGUCUCCACCCUGCAGGCCCUGGAAGCCCUAGCGGAGGCGGAGGAUGGGCCGACGUCCCCGUCGUAUUAUCCAACAUCCUUAAUGCUCCCGCCCCUUGUGUUUCCUCCAGGUCUCAUCGUGCUGGCUGCCCUCGACCCUGACUCUGGUCGCGAUGCCAACGCUUCCCCGAACGCCACUUACUUUCUGGCGCAGCGGGUCGGCCCAGACGGCUUCCUGGCCCGGAAGGAGCUAUCUUUCCAUCUGCGAGGCUGCGGGGCGCCCGCUUCGCAGGUGAAGACCAGAAGGUCAUCACCGGCCAAACCAAACCCCAGCGUGCAGCCUUGCCCCUUGAACCCCGAACUCAAGCGUCCCCCGGAGACGGAGAGCUGUCAGGCGCCGACGGAGAGGAUCCGGAGAGAGACGACGGUUCCCCCGGCCCGGGAAGCGGCAGAUCUCGAACCCGAGGCGGCACCGCACCGAGAGGAUCUGGAGAUACCGGCGCAGCCCCGGGCACCCCGGCCAGUGUUCUGUUUUCGGAAGCUCUUCUCGGCCACCUUCCCGUCACGGCUCAAGCGGGAGACGGACGAGCGCCGGGCGCAGCUUCGGAAAGUGAAGCAAUUCGAACUGGAGUUUCUGGAGCAGCUCCUGAAGGGUCCGGGCCCGGGGGUCUGCGGUUGCCCGGCCCCGGGCGCCAGCCCCAUUCUGACAGCACCCGCUGUGUCGUGGUGUGACUACCGAGGGAGGGAGAGUUGCUCGGAGCGGGCGGCGCACGGAUUCCCAAGUCCUCGGGUGCGCUCGGCCAGCCCCGAGCCGAGAGAUGCGGAAAAGAAUGCCUCUUGCCUGGGGACCGAGUGUGUGGCGGCAGAAGGGCCCCGCUAUGAGAAGCUGCGGCGCUGCGCCAGCGGGGAAGGGGCCGUCCCGGAAGAGGGCGACCCGGCACCAUGUUUCCCGGAGGACGUGUGCCCGCGGCAACUGGCGCAGGGCGGAGAGGGCUGCUGCUCCGUCCGCUCCUGCUUCUCGGCGCGGGGAGGUGACGACGAGGCCGACGAGCUGUGCUACUCGGCGCCGCCGAUCCCGGACCCCGCGGCCCGGACGCAGGAGAUUGACCUGCGGGCGACAUCGGGCCUCGAACGCAUCCGGGAGCUUCGCGGGCGGGAGUACACCUUCCCUGGGGGGUUCUCGGCGGUGAGGCUCGACGCCGAGCGACUCCUGGGUGCCCUGCGGCAAUGUGCGGCGGCCGCGGGGAACGGGGCGACGGUGACGGACCACGGCCCGCUGGAGCUGGCGCUGGCCUUCCGGGAGCUGCGGGCCGCCUGUCGGCAGGUGGCAAUCACGGAGAAAAGCCCGGCGCAGUUGCUGCCGGCCGUCGCCGGGAGUUUCCGGGUGCUGGCGCGGUUGGCUGAGACGGCGGCGGCGGGCAAGGAGGCGCAGCGGCGGGCCCUGCUAGCCCAGGUGGAGGAGGUGGCGAGGAACUACGCCGCCCUGGCGAAGGCGGCGGAGGAGUCCGCCGCCAGGCAGGCGGGCGAGGAGCCCACGCGCCUCUUGACAGCGCUGGAAGCAAAGUAAGGAAGUUGAGGGAAAUGUGACGAGCUGGCUGUUCUUUGGUGAAGGCAGAGGGCAGGGAUUUUCUCGCAGAGGGCUGAGGUGCCCUCGGCUUCGUCGGCGGGAUCCCAGCGGUCAUGUAGUCCAACCCCUCAGAUGUGAAAGCUGGGGCGCGGUCAGGGGACACCAGACACCGCAGAGGUUGGCACAGGACUGUCCCAUGGCGGGAGGGAGGGAGGAAAGAAGGAAGGAAGGAAGGUCAGGAAGAGAGGAAGGGAGGAAGGGAAUAAGGAAGGAAGGAAAUGGGGAAGGAAGGAUGGAGAAAGGGAAGG